AUGACUGGGACAAAACAGAAAGUUGCUUCAGCAGGAGCAUCAAAAGACCCAAAGAUUGAUCCAACUGUUGCCCAGAACAAACAUCAGCAACAAAGAGAAGUUUACGAAAACUUGGCUAAACCAUUACUAUCACAAGCUUUCCAAGGAUUCAACACUUGUUUGUUUGCCUAUGGGCAAACAGGUUCUGGCAAGAGCUACAGUAUGAUGGGGAAAAUUGGUAGCAAAAGUGAACUUGAUGAUGCGUCCGGCAUUAUCCCUCGUUCAUCCACGUCGACGAUCUGUUAUUUUCAAAUCUACAAGGAGAAAAUCCAGGAUCUUUUGUGCUCAACAAGAAGAAACUUGUCUGUUCGAGAACAUCCGAAAAACGGUCCUUACGUGGUCAAUCUUACCAAUUGUCUGGUUACUUCGCUUGAAGAAGUGCAACGUUGGCUCGUUGUUGGCAAUCGAAAACGAGUUGUAGCGUCCAGUUCUCAAAACGAGCACAGCUCCCGUUCUCACAUAAUCUUCAGCAUUACGCUGUCGCAAAGUUUCCAAGAAAUAAUCGACGGACGACCGCACGAAAUGGAGAUGAAACAUAUUGCAGCAAAAGACAUUAGUCCAGUGGCUUCUUCUGAUCAUCUGGGAAGAAGAUCAUUGCCAAAAGAAAGUGGGAGAGAGAGCACACUGGGAAACUUGAAAAUCAUAAGACAGAAUGUCAGGAAGAAAAAAGAAGAAAAACCUAAGAAACAGCUUGAUGGAAAAGCCAAAGAUGAUAGUGUCCUUGCCAGUAUCCCUAAUCUGGAUGAAAAGCUGUUGGAAGAAUUCUUGUUAAAAGAUUCGAAUGAAGAAUUUCAACAGAUGCUGGCAUCAAGAGUAACACUACCUGCUUGGAGCCAAAAAGAAGAUGUUCUGAAAGCUGUGAGAGACAAUCAAGUUGUAGUUAUGUGUGGUGAAACUGGGUGUGGAAAAACCACUCAGAUUGGAACUUUUCUGCUAGACGAGGCCAUUGAAACAGGAAGUGGAUCAACUUUUCACGCUAUCUGUACUCAGCCGAGGAGAUUGGCAGCGAUAUCUGUUGCUCGUCGAGUUGCUGAAGAACGCAAUGAAACCUGUGGCGAUUCAACAAGCUCCGUUGGCUAUCAGAUACGUCUGGAACGCCUUUACCCUCGAGAAAGAGGAUCUAUUCUAUUCUGCACGACUGGAAUUUUAGUCCAGCUUCUGAUAUCCGAUCCAUUGUUAGAAAACUACUCCCACAUCUUACUAGAUGAAGUCCAUGAAAGAGACUUAUUGACCGACUUCAUUCUGACCAUUGUACGUGAUCUACUUCCCAAGCGCCCCAAACUUCGUGUGAUUCUUAUGAGUGCCACCAUUAAUUCGGACCUUUUGUCAACGUACUUUAAUAAUUGUCCAGUGCAGAAUUUCCCAGUGCAAGUUUUUUACUUGGAAGAUAUCCUCAGCGAAUUAGUCUAUCGAUUUCGUUCUACUCGCAGCAAAAGCGGAUCGGAUGCUCAAUCAAAUCAAUUGGACCUUGAAUACAAUCAACUUAUGAUCCCAUUGAUAGAAGAAAUGGAGGCCAAACACAGCUACCCGCUCCACGUGUUUAAAUCAUUACGGAAGCGCUAAUCUGAAGAGGCUCCUGAAAUAUUGAUCAUGGCGCUGCUCAAACAUAUUUUUGCGCGGGAAGCUGACGGAGCGAUCCUGAUCUUUUUCCCUGGCUGGGAGCAGAUAAAAAGUUUGAACAAACUGUUGCUUAACGACCGACAAUUCUCCAGCAGAAAGUUCUUGAUCUUUACCCUGCACUCCAUGUUGCCUACCUUUAACCAGCGCCAGGUCUUCGAUAAGCCACCCCGUGGAGUUAGAAAAUUAAUUCUAUCAACCAAUAUUGCCGAAACAAGCCUUACAAUCGACGAUGUCGUGUAUGUUAUCGAUUGCGGAAAAGCUAAACUACCAAAUUUUGAUUCGCAAACGAAAUUGAAUACGCUCAAUUCCGAAUGGAUUACUUUGGCUAACGGUUCCCAACGCAAAGGGCGCGCGGCGCUGGUCGAACCGAGAAUUUGCUAUAAACUAUACAGCCGUGGACGUGAGUCGACUUUCCCUCCUCAUCCAAUACCAGAAAUCAAGAGGACGCGGUUAGAAGAGCUCAUACUACGAGUAAAAAUCCUCAAACUUGGUUGGGUGGAAGGUUUCCUUCGCAAAGUACCCGAACCGCCUGACGACUGCACUGUUAAAAUCAGUCUUGAACUUCUUCACGAACUUGGGGCCCUAGAUGACGCCGAGUGCCUUACUGCUGUAUCCGUGAUUCCUAAAAGCGUCUCGUCUGAACGAAUUCGUUCUAAUUUCCAGAUAUUCGACUUUACCCUUUCACCGGUCGAUAUGGCACAGCUUCAAGAACUGGACCUAGGAGAGAUGGGAAUGGGAUUCACCUUUGAGUUUUCAUCUUUUUUUAAAGGAAUGGACAAGCACCCAGAAAACCCAUUCCCUCACCGCGCAAUAGUUACUUCUAAUUUCGACGUAGUGAAUACUUUUAAACAACCAGUCAAUUUUUAUUCAACAGCAAUGUCACCUACUCCACCGUCGCAAUUAGCACAGCAAGCGAAUGCAGGGUAUGAGAUUCCCGCUCGACUUAGGACACUGCACAAUUUAGUUAUCCAGUAUGCUUCACAAGGACGCUACGAAUUAGCUGUCCCACUGUGUAAACAGGCGCUAGAAGAUCUGGAGAAAACGAGUGGUCACGACCACCCCGAUGUUGCCAUGAUGCUAAACAUUCUAGCCUUAGUCUAUCGAGACCAAAAUAAAUAUAAAGAGGCGGCCAACUUCAACCAACGCCACUCAGACUCCCUCUCUCUCUCUCUCUCUCUCAAGGCAUACAGGAAGGAAAGCAGGCAUUAAGAGACUUUUGCUAGCUGAGAUUGUUCUUCACGUCCACGCAGCACGUUCGUGGUGGUUUGUGUACAAGCGCAGGAGGGUCAAAGAUAUAGAUAAAAAGAAAGAAAGAAAAAAGAAACCAUUUGAAAUAUAGGGAAAGACAGGAAAGAAGGAGAAGGGAAACGUACACACACACCGACAACAGUUUCUCUAUAUAAAAUGGGUCCGGGAAUGGUUAGAUAAAUAUACCUUCAGAGAGAGAGAGAGAAAGAAUAUAAGAGGAAGUAGCCUCCUGACUUGAUGGUACAGAAACAGCAAUCGGAAGCGGCUGUUGUCCAGAAACUAAUAGAUCCUAUCGUCCAUCCGCCUCCGCCUCCUCCUCCCCCCUAGAGCCUACUACUCUCCUAGCUCCUUUCUAUAUACACUUGCACUGGCUGUAUUCUCUUCUUGACCCUGAUGCCGUCAUGGGUCUUUCCCUGGCCGUCCAGGGGCUCCCUGUUCCUUUAUUCCAUUUUCUUCCCUUUUUUUUCUGUCUUGUUUUAUCCCGCAUCAUUUCCACCUGAUUCUCGUCUGCUCCUUUUACUUACUGACAUAUCUUUUCUUAGCCAUUUAGCUCGUCCAAAAAGUAUUCCAGCUUUUCUGUCCCUUUUCCCCAGAAAAGCUUUUGUCUACUUUUUUUUCUUCCUUCUCUCGAUCAACUCCGGUAGAUCACCCCUCGCUAACACCGGGCUC